AUGAGUCAUACUAGCAAUAGCAACAACAGCAAAAGUAAUAGCAGCAACAGCAGCAACAGCAGCAGUAAUCACAAUAGGCGAUACGAGCGUGAAGGGUUGAUUACAUGUCAGUUUUACAACAAGAUUGGCGCAUGUAGGCACGGCGAAAAAUGUUCUAAGAAGCACAUCAAACCCACAAACUCAAAAACAUUGAUACUUGCAAACCUUUACCAAAACCCGAAACUAAACAAGAAUGAAUCAGAUGAAUUAUCGCAACUGCAGUUGCAAGAGUCGCUAGAUUUGUUUUUUCAGGAUGUGUUUAUUCACCUUAGUCAAAAAGGAGAAGUUGCCUCAUUGGUUGUUUGUGAGAACGAAAAUAACCAUUUGAACGGGAAUGUUUAUGUGCGGUUCUAUUCUGAAAAAGAUGCACAGCAAGCCAACCAGGAGUUGAAUCAAGAAUGGUUUAAUGGCAGACCCGUUCAUUCUGAUUUGUCCCCGGUUUAUAGUUUUGAUGAGGCACGAUGUAGAGCAUACGAUACGAAUUCAUGUGAGAGAGGUGAGAUGUGCAAUUAUAUGCACUUGAGGCUGCCCACCAAGAGUUUACUAGACAAACUCACGCAAGGUCAGGAAAAGAAAUAUGCAAGUAAGAGGCUAGAAAGAUUGAAGACAGAAUUGCGUGAACUUGGCGGUGAUUAUGAUGCAGGUUUUUAUAAUGGUGGCAGUAGUGAUGGUGGUGUUAUUGGUGGUGAUGGUGGUGAGGGUGGCGAGAGUGGCACGACAAAUAAUUCAUCGGCAACUGAAAGCCACAAGUCAGUUCCCACAACAACAGGAUCUCUCUUGGACCAACUAUUUUAA